GGCUUGUCAGAAGAGGAGUUGGUAGGCAGAAAGAGAGAGCGCGUGCGAGGAGCUUCGCAGUUUUGUUGGUGGCACCCCUCCCCUCAGCGCGCGGUGAGCGUUUCACCCUAUCCGGUGACGGUGCUCGUUUGUAAUUCCUGUGCUCUUUCGCUAGAGACUUCUCGCAGUCGCAGUUGUCUUCCCUUGUGCUCUGUCGCCGUUCGCUGUCGUCGAGCGCGACGAACGGUGGUUGACGUUUAUCGUGACAGCGAACGAACAAGACGGAAUAUAAUUUAGCCAAGCCGGAGAGCUUUGCUUUGUUGGCGACGGAGGAACAAGGACAUCUGACGCGACAGUCUCAACCGCUCUGAGUUCGGGUGUGUGUAGGCUGUAGGAAUGCGGGAUAGAAGUCAAUGUAAAAACACCUGUGUUUCCCUGACAACAUGACAACAACAGAUCUGAACCUGACAUCCCUCCUGAACGUGUCUGAUCUCCACAAGGCAACACAGGGGGGAUGUUCCCUGACCGGGACAGGCUUCCAGUUCUACUAUCUGCCCACCGUGUACAUCCUGGUGUUCGUCACCGGCCUGGUGGGGAACAGUCUGUCCAUCUGGAUGUUUGUCUGCCACAUGAGACCCUGGAGCAGCAUCUCCGUGUACAUGUUUAACCUGGCUCUGGCCGACUUCUGCUACGUCCUCUCCCUGCCCUUCCUCAUCUUCUACUACUUUAAUAAGACCGACUGGAUAUUCGGGGACGUUCUCUGCCGACUGCAGAGGUUUAUAUUCCACGUCAAUCUGUACGGCAGCAUCCUGUUCCUGACCUGUAUCAGUGUCCACAGGUACACAGGAGUGGUCCACCCGCUCAAGUCUCUGGGAAGGCUCAAGAAGAAGAACGCCGUGCUGACCAGCGCCCUGGUCUGGGUCGUGGUCAUAGCGAGUAUCUCUCCCAUCCUCUACUACUCUAGGACGGGGCAGAAACGGAACGCCACCACGUGCUACGACACGACCACGGAGGAUGAGCUGCCGGGUUACUUCAUCUACAGCAUGUGUUUGACCGUGUUCGGCUUCUGUAUCCCCUUCCUCAUAAUCCUGGGUUGCUAUGGGAUGAUCGUCAAGGCGCUGAUCUGUAACGACAUGAACAACGGCCCGCUGCGGCGUAAGUCCAUCCACCUGGUGAUUAUCGUGCUGGCCGUGUUCGCUGUGUCCUACCUGCCCUUUCACGUGAUGAAGAACCUGAACAUGCGAGCCCGGCUGUACUUCCAGGUCCCGGACAUGUGUGACUUCAAUAACCGGGUGUACGCCACCUACCAGGUGACGCGGGUGGCCAGCCUCAACAGCUGUGUGGACCCGGUCCUCUACUUCCUGGCUGGGGACACGUUCAGGAGGAAGUUGUCCAGAGCUACUAUAAAACAAUCCAAGAAGGGGGAGCUCCCACUGCAGUCUAGGAGUGAAGAGACGGCGCUCAACAGCCUGCCGGACUAUGUCAAGAAGGGGGAGCUCCCACUGCAGUCUAGGAGUGAAGAGACGGCGCUCAACAGCCUGCCGGACUAUGUCAAGAAGGGGGAGCUCCCACUGCAGUCUAGGAGUGAAGAGACGGCGCUCAACAGCCUGCCGGACUAUGUCAAGAAGGGGGAGCUCCCACUGCAGUCUAGGAGUGAAGAGACGGCGCUCAACAGCCUGCCGGACUAUGUCAAGAAGGGGAGCUCCCACUGCAGUCUAGGAGUGAAGAGACGGCGCUCAACAGCCUGCCGGACUAUGUCAAGAAGGGGGAGCUCCCACUGCAGUCUAGGAGUGAAGAGACGGCGCUCAACAGCCUGCCGGACUAUGUCAAGAACAGAGAUGGAUAGUUCUGAGAGAGAUCUCCUUCCUGGUCUUGGUCUCUGGUCCGCGUGGUCCGUCUGAACCUCGUACAGGGGUUUUGUGUGAAAACGUACUGUGUAUUGGUGCUGUGGACUUCGCAGACUGUGUGCACUGUGGAUAGAACAGUCCGGGCGGGAAUGUGACAAAGCUGACGAUAAAAGUUUGUGUCUCUGUAAUGCUUAUCACUAGCUAGGUAUUUUCUGAAUGUGAACCAUGUGCUCAUCCAUCCAUAACCAGACAUAAAGAGAAGGUCAAUAGCUUGAUCUCCUGUUAACAACUGCCCCCUUGUUCCUCUAUCGAACCAAUGCUAAUGUGUUUGUAAUGGAGAGAGAGGGCUCUGCUAGCCACUCAGUGGAUGCUUCAUAAUCACUACCUCUUAGCAGGUAGACAGUGGUGGCUGAGGCUAGGUGAGACACCAGGGAUGACUGAGAUCUAUUACCAAGAGCCUGGGCCUUAUGCCUGCUCUGUGGAGGUUGACAUACAGAGAUUAUAAUGCACUAUGAAUGCUCUGAGUGGCUUUUCUCAGACUGCUACAAAUGAAAUGAACACCAGUACAGUCAGUAUAUCACUAUGGCGUGCGCUGUGUGUCCAUGGUCUAUCUAUUCUACAUAAUAUGAAGGGACUAUACUAGUCUCAUGUGAAUAUGACACUAUACAGUAAUAUACUGUAAUAUACUGUAAAUAC